AGUUGUCCGUAUGUUUUUGACGUUACAAGACAAGAAAGAUGUAAUCAUGUCAGAUGUCAUCAUAUCAUGUGUUUUGUAAUUUUACAAUAACAGCUGAUAAUAGUUAAAUUUUACUUUAUUUUUCUUUGCCUUCUUUAUACUCUGUGCUUAGUAAUUUUAAUCUUUUCUUUCUUUUUUGCAUAAUCUGUUUAAUGGCAUUUAUUUAAUGAAUAAUAAUCAUAAUUUAAAUAAAAUCUGAAUAUACUUUAUAUGUAUAGCUAUUAAAGGCUUAUUUUGAUAAGCCUUCCUUGAAAAGAUUCAUGUGACGAAAAACAGGUCCGAAAUAUUCAUCUAUUUUAUGUAAUAUGGUUUUAUAUUUAAAUUUGUAUGUGGAAAUAAUUUUGUUUAUGCAGUUUAAUUUUUGUUUAAGAACUAAGAAAAGCCUUUAUCGAAUCCAAUAAGAACUUGAUUUAGCGUAGAUGUUACAUGUAUUUUUUUAUUAUGAAGAUUUAUCUUGGUAGAAAAAAUUGUUAAGGAUCUGUUUAAACUCUUUGUAUAAAUACUUUAGCGAGGCCUAAUUUUAAUUUAACCACGUUUUAUUAAACCAAGCAGGCAUAUCAAAUAUUUAAAGAAAAUGUCUGUUGCUGUAUUUUCAGAAUAUUGCCUUAUAAAUAAAUUAAAACAACUUUUACCCGCAGUGAAUUUUAUUGAAGUUAAAAAAUCAGAUCUUUCACCAUUGUACACAGCGGAGAUUAUCCUAGCAGAUUUUGCUAGUGUCGGACCUCAUAUAAGUCAGCUAGAAAAAGCAAAAUGGAUUCAAGGAACUUGGGCAGGAAUUGAUGCUUUAAAACAAUACAUUGAUGUAAAAAAUCCUCCAAAAUUUGCUGUCACUAGAUCAUCAGGUACAAACAUUGGUCAGUUGAUGGCAGAAUAUGUAGUGGCAAAUAUAGUCUUUCAGGAAAGGGAUUAUCUUGAGGUGAGGGAAAAUCAGAAAAAAUGCUUUUGGAACUCGGGUCCAUACCUAUAUGAUUUUAGAUCUAUAUCAGAAUUAACUAUAGGCAUAUUAGGAAUUGGAAGUAUUGGCAAUAUAAUUGGAAAAACAUUAAAAUAUAUGGGUGCUACAAUUUAUGGAUAUGGUAGAAGAGAAUCACUGCCUCUAGAAAAUGAGGAAUACCAACACAUUAGCCAAUAUUUUACUAAAGCUAACUUCAAAGACUUUUUGAGCAAAGUUGAUUAUUUAAUUAACGUAUUACCCUCUACACCUGAAACAAACGAUAUUUUAGGAAAUGGUGUUCUAGAAAAUUGUAAAGGAAAAAAUACAGUAUUUAUUAAUGUUGGAAGAGGCAAUGUUAUUAAAGACGCUGAAAUAGUACGUGCUUUAAACGAAAAAUGGAUUGCAGCUGCCAUUAUAGAUGUAUUUGAAAAGGAACCAUUGCCAGAAGAUAGUCCACUCUGGAAACAAAACAGUGUUUUCCUAACACCUCACGUAUCGGGUCCUAGCCGUGUUCAAGAUAUAGUGAAACAAUUCAAGAUCAACUAUGAGAAAUACCUAGAAAACCAGCCACUUAGUCAUAAAGUAGAUUUUGAAAAAGGUUAUUAGCAUCACUCAUUUGGAAAGUUAAACAGUCAAACUUUCAACACAAAAGAAAGAGUAGUUUAGUUUCACUAUAUAAUCAAAUAUGUUCGUACAAAAUUGUUUAUUUCUUUGUCAAUAAAAACAUUUGUCUUCA